AUGGGUAAAGGUGUCAAGGGUGCCGCCUCUGGCGAGCAACAUGAGAACAUUGAGAUGUUCGACACUGCUCAACAGGGAAGCUACAUGGACCGCCGCGACAUGACCAAGGAUCAAAUGGAGGAUGCUGUCCGCUCUGGUAGUGUUCCUCACGUUAACACCAGCGAAGCCGUCGAUAUCGCAAAGAACGGCGGCUGGGAAGUCGAUGCCCUUAUGACAGAGAUGCAGAAUGAAAUCAACGCCCAGGGUGGAGAAAACAACGGCCACUUCGAUCUCCAGUUCAAGAACCCCAAACACUUUACUUGGCUCAUCGUUGCUUUCGCCAGUAUGGGAGGCAUGUUGUCUGGAUUGGAUCAGUCGCUCAUUUCCGGUGCCAACCUCUUCCUUCCCAAGGAUCUUGGUCUCAACGAUCGCCAGAACAGUCUGGUCAACUCUUCCAUGUCUCUCGGGGCUGUCGGUGGUGCUAUUAUUCUCUCUCCUGCUAACGAAUACCUUGGACGUCGCUGGGCUAUCAUCUUCUCGUGUGUCCUCUACACCGUCGGCGGUGCUCUUGAAGCUGCUGCCCAGGAUUACGCCAUGAUCAUCACUGCUCGUAUCAUUCUCGGAUUUGGUGUUGGUCUUGAAGGUGGUACCGUUCCUGUCUACGUCGCUGAAACUGUCGAGAGAAGACUUCGCGGAAACAUGGUCUCUCUCUACCAAUUCGCCAUCGCCUUUGGCGAAGUCCUUGGUUACGCUGUCGCUGCCAUGUUCGUUACAGUAAGUCACUUCCCUGUUCAGCAAUCACAAAGAACUUGCUGCUAA